GCGGCUAUGUCACUGUUUUCAGGGCUGUUAUAGGCUUUGAGCGGUCGUUAAAUGAACUACUGUAAAACGAGGACUUACCUGCAGCUUCUAAACACCUUAUUUCCUUCAGGCAUUAUCAUAGCAUGGAAGCCUUCAGCAACUAUGACCUUCUGGAUGUCGUCUCCCAUGAGAAGGUAGCCGAGGGCCACAAGGCCAGUUUCUGCCUGGAGGACACCUCUUGCGACGCAGGGUUCCGACGUCGCUAUGCGUGCACCGCUCAUAUUCAGGGCCUGAGCCCAGGCUGUUACGAUACCUACCAUGCCAAUAUUGACUGCCAGUGGAUUGAUAUUACCGAAGUCCCUCCUGGAAACUAUAUCCUCAAGGUGACCGUCAACCCUGAUUUCCUGGUGGCCGAGUCGGACUUCUCCAAUAACGUUGUCCAGUGUGAUAUUGUAUACACGGGGGAGUACGUCGACACGAAAAACUGCCGAAUUACAAGGUAUCUCCAAGCCAAAUAUGGCCUGGAUUGGUGGGUUGGAUCAUCGAGAUGCGCCAGGAGGGGAGGAAGGUCACACCAGGCAAGAUAGCGGAAGCGUCCUUAACACCUCCUUGUACGGGAGUUUACAAAAGGGGUGGAGCUUGAAACUCAAUGCUACGUUGUCCAUCUUCCUUUUCGUUGUCCUCUUACGGGUGACGUCAUGGCAUUGUAGGACGUAGAAGCAUCCUCAUGAUCUCUAGGAGCGACAUGGAAUGGAUCGCUCGCCUCUUGAAGAUUCACACACCCCAAAAAAUAUUAGGGGGGAGUUUUGCCCUCGAGACGCAAGGCCUUUUGUCAAGAGACAGGAAGUAGAACGAUGGAGAGGUUCCACCACAAAUGCGCGCACAACAAAAGCGUGCCUGACUAAA